GCCAUUUUGGCUUGGCUCGUGGUUUCCGCCCUUGUCCAUUUACCAUUCUGGCACUCUUUGCUUACUUACGUGUUGCACCACCCCGACGUAUAUGGCGAUGGCGUGGCGCGCGGCGGUGCUCGUCCCGACUUGCUCUGCCAUCUCGUUUACCCGCCUGGCGCCCGAGCGCGAGGUCGGCGCGGAGGCGGGCAGUGCCGUCAUGGGCGCGCCCCUGCAGAUGGUGGAUUUCAACGGCCAUGACGUCGCGGCGGCGGACCGUGACACAGUGGUGGACCUCGACGGCGCUGGCAUGGAGCUGAACAAGAAUGUGAUCGACGACGUCGUCGAGUCCGAGCGUCGCCAGCCGCUCCUCAACGAUUAUGUGGCCGAGGCGAACGUCACCGCAAGUGAGGAGUCCGCGGAGGCUCAAAUCGCCGCUUGGGAGGCGCAGCGCGAGGCCAGCGAGGACUCCGAGCAGGCGAACGCCACCGCUCCGGAGCAGCAGCAGCUGGCCGCCAGGGUGAAGGCGCUGCAGGAAGACAUGGCGAAUACUGACGCGGAAGAGUGCGAGGAGGUGGAGCCGGAAUCCGCAUGCCACGACGCCGUGGACUGGCUCCGACAGUUCGGGUUCUCGAGGCACCCCGAGUGGUAUCCAGGCUACGGCACCGAGUCCACCUUCGAGGAGGUGCAGGGGAUGCUCCACGGCCUCGGCAAGGCGGGCUGCCCCAAGCCCUGCCUCGGCCCGGCGUUGGCGAAGAAGACGCCCGCCUGCCAGGAUGUGGUCGAAGGCGCGUGCCGCGACGCGGUCACGUGGCUCAAGGACUCCGGCCUCGAGCGGCACCCUGACUGGUAUCCUGGCCUUAGGGCCGACUCCAGCGCGUCCGAGAUCCAAGCGGAGCUGUUUCGCCUGGGCAAGGCCAACUGUCCCGCGCCCUGCGACCUCGUCAAAAAGGAGCGCGCUGCGGCAGCGGCCUGGCGAGCCGAAGCCAAGACCCCGUCGGUGCAGAGCGCGGGGACGGAGCAGUGCAUGGACGCGGAGCCGGACACCACGUGCUACACCGCGGUGACCUACGCCAUGAACGAGGGAAUCAGCAAGCACCCCAGCAUGUACGAGGGCCUCCGGACCGCAUCCAGCUUCAAAAAGGUCCAGGAGCAUUUGUACCUCAACAACAUGUCCAGCUGCGCGAUGCCCUGCCCCGACGUCGAUGUGGACAUCAGCGCCUUCAGCCGCCCGGAGGAUCUCCGCGUGCAGAAGAGGGUCGAAGACAUGAGCGUGAAGGAGCUGGGCGAUUUCUUCAGCGGCAAGUGGGAUGGGAAGGUGGCCAGGAUCGUCCACGGGGACUGGCAGCCCACCACGACGUUCCAGAAGCGCCAGUAUGAGCCGACAACCACGCUGCCGAUUGAGCAGCAGCCCCUGCCGGACGUCGACGACGACAGCAAUGAUGUCGCAUGGAUGACGUCGACCACUGCCGCCGCGCUCGAGCCAACCGCCGCGGGCGAGGAGAUCACUGCUGCCAGUGCCGCCGAGCCCGCCGUGCUUGAGCCCACCUCGAAUGAGCCCGCGGCGAUGGCCAAUGCCACCGAGCCCGAGGCGGCGGCCGCCGAGCCCGAGGCGGCGGCCACCGAGCCUGAGGUGGCGGCCAAUGCCACCGAGCCCGAGGAGGCUGCCACCGGCACUACAGAGGCUGCCAACGUCUCAACGGAGGUGGCGCAGGACGGUGACAUUGUGGACGAAGCCCCGCCGGAGAUUGCUGCCAACGUCUCCACAGACUUUGCACAGGAUGGAGAAGUUGUUGACGAAGAAGCCCCAAUGGUUGACAAUGACGGCCAUGACGAGGGGAUGAGCUCGUUCGAGGAGCCGGAGCAGGAGACGCGCGAGGCGAUCGAGCAAAGGAUUCGGAAGCAGCUCAUGGAGGAGAUGCGCAUGGAGACGACGACGGUCGCAGCGCGUCAAGAGACCGAGGAAGAGAUGAGGCAGAGGAUCAAGGAUGAGCUCAUGCGCGAGAUCGUUCAGAGCAAGGGCCAGUGAGAAGCUUGUGCCGAAUCCUGUCCAGGCCUAGUCCCUCUCCUAUCCGACGCUCUCCUCCUCCUCCUCCUCCUCCUCCUCCUCCUCCUUUUCUUCCACCAUCUUCCUCGGUGUGCCUCCGCUCACGGCCGAGCUCCCUGUUCCAGGCAGUGGGCGCGCCUGGUCACCCUGCCGGCCCGACAAUGGCGCCCAGGGGUGCGCUCACCGGGAGGUGCGUGCAGCCCCGCCGCCCUGCGGUCACCGGGCGGCUCCUCCGCCGUGAAGCUCGGGGGGGCAGCACGGAGGCGAGUGCCGGGGGCCUGCUGUGCACUCUUGCGAGCGCGAUGUGCACCUGGGCUUGCCGCUAGGUGCCCUGCCGCGCGAGUGCGGCAGCGCGGCGGCAGCGCGGCGGUGCUGUCGUGCCUCGCCGCGCAGGGUACGCGCCCAGCGGCCGAAGGUGCCAGAUUCACCCAGGUAAGUUACAACACCUGGCGCACGCGGUCGGGCGUUGCGCUCCGGCCUUGUGAGUCAAAUAUCAGGCGCGUGGGCAGCGCCGCUGAAGUCCCACUCUGAGCCGCAACAUGGCCCGCGCCACAUGGCCGUAGCGCGCGGGAGCUCAUGUCCGCAGGCUUCGCUCUUCCGUGCGCCCGAUUGGGGCUGUGAUUUGUGACGGCGGCACUCCCCAGAAGAGCGAUUUGGAGUUUUUGUUGGGGCCCUCUCGAAGCCCCAGGGCACCAUGACACUGGCCGGGCGCUUGAUGUCUGCUAAUUCGGGAGAUCACUCUUACCUCUAGCGAGUCUGCUGAGGGCCCUUUAGCAAUUCUGCUCUCUUGUUGCCUUGUCUAAGGAAUGUUUUGCGCGGUUCGGAGAAACCCAGAAUUGACGAGCGGACCUCCAGAGCGCCUCGGGCCGCUCCCGGGCCGGUUGGUAGCCAUUGUGGGGCGGUCGUGGACCGUUUUGAAUUUAUCUCGGGCGCCUUGCGCCGUCUUGGGCCCAUCUCGGUGACGUUUCGAGCCUCUCGGGGGCCGUUUCCUGUUUUCUUUGGUGUGUGCAUGUGUGUUAAGCCUCUCAUCGCC